CACAUGGCUACCUCUGGGCUGAGAAGACAAACAUGUGACUGUUAGUCGUGAUGAAUGUGAUGUUAUGUAUAGAUCUUACCGACGAUUCUGUGUACUGAGGAGAUACGUCAAAAUGAAGUUUAAUUAUAGGUUUUCAAAUCUGUUGGGAACAGUGUACAGGAAGGGAAAUGUGCUGUUCACACCAGACGGCAAUACAGUCAUCAGUCCAGUGGGAAACCGGGUUACCUUGUUUGACCUAAAAAAUAACCGAUCCAAGACGUUGCCAGUAACAAGUAACCUGAACAUCACAUGUAUAGCUUUGUCUCCAGACGGCGUGACACUGAUCCUUGUUAAUGAAGCUGGAGAAGCAUUACUCUGCAGUCUUCUGAGUAAGACAGUAUUACAUCACUAUCACUUCCACAAGCCUGUCCGCUGUAUCAAGUUCAGUCCUGAUGGAAGAAAAUUUGCUGUGGCGAAGGAGAGCAAUGUGGAAGUUUAUCACGCUCCAGGGAAGACCAAAGACUUUAACCCAUUUGUUUUAUACCGGACGUUUUUUGGGGCCUAUGAUGAGAUUAUGUGCUUGGACUGGACAAGUGACUCAAAAGCCUUCUGUGCAGGCAGUACGGACAUGAGCACUCGUGUGUAUGGGGCCCAGCGAUUCACUAAUCUCAUUGUGUACUCUUUAGGGGGUCACAGUGACCCCAUUGUUGGGGCCUUCUUUGAAGAGCAAUCUUUAGAUCUGUACUCUGUCAGUGAGCGUGGGUUCGUGUGUGUAUGGGAGUGUGACACAAGCCCUGAUGACCUUGUGCCCUACACUCCCCCCAACCAAUCAGAGGAAGCCAAGGAAGAGGAGAGUUCGGCAGUUAAAGGAAAGAAUAGUGAUGUUGAUUCGGUGAAAGACGAGGGUAAAAGUGGAAUAGUUUACAAGAAGGUGGACAAGCACUCCUACCGUUCUGCCAGAGGAGAAGGAGCGGUCUUCGCCACAGUGACCAGUACAGACUACCACAAACAUACAAAAAUCCUGGUCACAGGCUUCCAGGAUGGUGCUUUCUUCUUACAUGAGAUGCCAGACUUCAACUUGAUUCACUCAUUAAGUAUUUCAGACCAGAUGAUUGCCUCUGCCAUGUUUAACAAAACGGGGGAUUGGCUUGCGCUGGUGUGUGCUGGACUUGGUCAACUGCUUGUGUGGGAAUGGCAGAGCGAAUCCUACAUACUCAAGCAACAAGGCCACUUUAACACCAUGAGUUGUCUCUCUUAUUCCCCAGACGGCCAGUUUAUCGCCACAGGAGGGGAUGAUGGGAAGGUGAAGGUUUGGAACACCAGUUCAGGUUUCUGCUUUGUGACAUUCACAGAACACCUGGCAGGUGUCACAGGUGUGCAAUUCAAUCAGAAUGGACAGGUGGUGGUCUCUGCCUCAUUAGAUGGCACUGUGAGGGCCUUUGAUUUAAACAGAUAUCGUAAUUUCCGCACAUUCACGUCCCCACGCCCUGUACAGUUCUCCUGCCUGACUCUGGACCACAGUGGUGAACUGGUCUGUGCUGGGGGUCAGGAUGAGUUUGAAAUCUUUGUCUGGUCUAUGAAAAUGGGAAGACUGCUGGAGGUAUUGGCCGGCCAUGAAGGCCCAAUCAGUAGUCUGGCCUUCAGUUCCAGCCACACCCUGUUGGCCAGUGGCUCCUGGGACAACACCAUCAAACUAUGGGACAUCUUUGAAAGCAAGGGAGCGAAAGAGACAAUAACUCUUUCAUCUGAUGUGCUAGCCCUUGUCUUUCGGCAUGGUAAUGAGAUUGCCGUGGCAACACUGGAUGCUCAGAUCAGCUUCUGGAAUCCCCAGACUGGGGAACAGACAGGAUCCAUAGAGGGCAGACAUGACCUGGGUUACUCCAGGAAAGACACAGACAAAAUCACUGCCAAGAAAUCUGCUUUUGGAAAGGCCUUCAACACAAUCUGUUACUCAGCAGAUGGUAGCUGUCUCCUGGCUGCUGGGAAAUCUAAGAAUGUGUGUAUUUAUUCUGUGGCUGACCAGUUGCUGAUGAAGAAGUUCGAGGUUUCCUGUAACAUGUCCUAUGAUGGCAUGCAGCAAUUUUUGGACAAAAAGAGCAUGACAGAGUGGGGGAGUUUACAACUGGUAGAGGAAGGUGUGGAUGAAGGGGACUCGUCACAUCAGAUCAGCCUGCCGGGGGUCAAGAGUGGGGACUUCAGCUCCCGGAAAUGGAAGCCUCAAGUACGAGUGUCAGCUGUCCAGUUCUCACCCACAGGUCGCUGUUGGGCUGCCACCACCACUGAGGGAUUGCUGAUUUACUCAUUGGAUCAUAAUCUUGUCUUUGAUCCAUUCCAUCUUGACAUGGAGAUCACACCUUCAAGUGUAAAGAGUACUCAAGAGAAGGGAGAAUACUCUGCAGCACUAAUGCUAAGUUUUAGGCUGAAUGAACAGAGCCUGAUUCAGAUGGUCACAGAAAGUAUUCCCCCAAGUGACAUUGACCUAGUGGGAGUGUCAUUGCCGGAUGUCUAUGUGGAUAAAAUGCUGGAUUUUUGUGCCUCUAAAGUGGAGAGCUCCCCCCACCUGGAAUUUUACCUUUUGUGGAUACAGAAACUCCUGUUUGCUCAUGGACCCCGGCUAAAGCAACGCUCCCAGGCUAUAAUGUCAACGCUACGGUCUCUGCAGAGGAACGUCACAAGGAAAUUUGAUGACAUAAGUAAACUGUGUGAUCACAAUCGGUACAGUAUACAGUAUGUGCUGUCCUUAGCGGAGUUAAAAAGAAAGAGAGGACGUGUGCUGGAAGGAACUGAGGAUCAGUCUGACCCUGAGGACUGUGAGGACAAUUGCGAUAGGGACAGUGACAGUAGUUUGGAGUUCUUAACAACCUGACACCACACCCCAACCCAACACCCCUCCCACACUCGUAGUGUGUUGUGGACUUCCCUGGUGAAGCUGACUGCCAUGGUACAAGGAUGAGCUAACAACUUGACCCAGCAGUCCUUUAGUGUGUGGACACAUCUGUUUGUAGAGGGUUGAAUGGAAGUCGUCACCUUUCUCUGUAAAUAACUCAGUGUGCAUGUGCAUAGCAACGAGGUAUCGUGCAAAUAUCAGUCUGCCAACAACCUGUGGAUGGUCCUGGGAUUCCCUCCUAUCAUAAUGCUAGCUGUUGUUACAUAUGUGUG